GGUUAUAAUUUUCUGUAUAAGCGAAAGUUCUAGUGUUUUGUGCGGGUCACACGUGUUGCAAAUUCCUCCGAGUAAAUAGAUAAAAAAAAAAUAAUAAUCAAAUUAAAAAUAAUAACAAUAUGUCGGUUGAACAAUUAAAAGUUAAAUAUGCUCCGGUUAAAAACUGUUUUGUUUAUUUACCAACUUCAUGGACGAAAAAAUUAACAAAGGUCAGUGUAAUUAAAGUAACAAAUAAUGACGAAACGGAAAAAAAAAAUUAUUAUUUCUCUCACGGAAAUUCACAAUUUAAUUAUAACGAUAAAUUAUUUUGUAUUAAUGCGACAUUCGCGCAAUUGUUGAAUAUUAAAGAGGGAAAUAAUUUAACUGUGAAUUUAAUAAAUGAAGUACCGAUACUUACUUCUAUAAACGUACUUCCGAAAAAUAAAGAUGAUUUUGAAAUAGUGUCGCUGCGCGCCAAUAAAAUUCAAGAAUUGAUAUUGCAACAAAUAAAUAUCGUAGCUAUUAAUCAGCCAUUUGUUAUUUGGCUUUCGAAAAAUUUAAAUGUUACAUUAAUUGUUGACAGUACGACACCUCAUUAUCAUUACGGUAAAUUGCAACAAUUUACUGAAGUCCAUGUUUCAAAUUAUGUAAACAAACCUCAAUCUAUAAGUAAAUCUUCAGUGUAUGGAGCAGCCGAUAAUUUAUCAAGUGUCGGCAACAAGUCGACCGAGUUUGAAAAUUUUUUCGAAAAUUAUAAAACAAAAAACAUGUCGGCAUUGUUCCGAGUUUGCUUGUUGGAAAAUAACAAUUUUCUUCUGAACAAUGAUCAUGAUAUAUAUUGUGAUUUCAUUGUUUUCAUCAGUUUGUCACAAUCGAUAAAGUGGUUUUCGAUUGGUCAAGAAAAAUAUUUUUUUUGUACUUUUGAAAAUAUUUUCAACGAAACAAAAGAAAAUUUGUAUGCAAACAAUGAUCUAUAUGAUGACAAUGUUAAAAAAUUGGUUGUUAAAAUGAUAAUUAUUGAUUACCUUGACGAAAAUGAAAAAUUGUUUGAAACAAUCGAUCGUGAUAUUGUAUUUGUUACAAACAAUGUAGCGGAACAAUUGAAAGUACAAACGGGUAGCAAAGUUAUUUUGAAUAGAUUUUUUAUCGAACAACGCGAACAAUGUGAAACGAUUGAACUGAUACCGGUAAAGAAUGAGACAAACAAUGUAAUUAAUAAAGAAAGUUUUUUAGAUUACGUCGAACAAUUUGAACAAAGUGUUUUAAUAAAUAGUCGUUCUAAAGUAACGAUACAAAAUUUGUCUUUUUAUGUUAAAUUAACGCCAUCUUGUCUUUGUGUUUUGUUGAACAAAGAAACAAUUAAGAAUAUUAAUAUUAUUGUUAAAGACCCAAUUGACGAAGAAUCUAAAAAAAAUGAUAGUGAAAUUAAGCCUUUAAAAAAUUUAAUAAAAUUAAGAACAAUGGAAACAAUAAUUACUGAAUGCAAAACAAUUUGUUCGAUAAUACUGAAGUCUUACUCUAGUAAAAAAUUUAAAUAUGACGGACAAAAUAUACUAAUUUAUGGUGAUACCGGAACGGGUAAAACAACAUUGUGUGAAACAAUGCUCGAACAAUUGUCGAAAUCACCUUAUUAUUAUUACUGCAAAACAAUCGAUUGUAAGAAAUUAAAAAGCAAAAAAGUUGAAGUUGUUAAUAAAUUGUUGAUACAAACAAUGAACGAUUGUUUGUAUUACCAACCGGCCAUAUUGUUUCUUGAUAAUAUAGAUUGUAUUACAAACAAUCGAAUUCCGGGUAAUGAAGAAAACUCACCGGAUUCGAUAAAUGCCACAAGAAUUGCUGAUGCAUUGGUUAACAUUGUAUCAAAUUAUCAAACAAUGCAUUGUAUUAGUUUGGUUGCAACUUGUUUGAACAUCGAGCGUCUCGGUACUCAGUUGAAAACAAAACGUGGAUUGAAAUUGUUUACAAGAGUACUUAAAACAGGUGACGUAUCUAAAGAUGAGCGUUGUAAAAUAAUGAAAGCUCAAACAAUUGAAAAACGAUUGUUUCUGAGUCCUGAGAUAGUCUGGGAUUGUUUAGGCGACAAGACUGAUAGCUUUGUUUUACAAGAUUUGGUUGAUUUUGUGGAAAAGGCAUGUUAUAAUGCUUGGAAACGUAAAAUAAAUAGCAGUGGUAACAGUAAUGAUGAAAUUGUUUUGACAAAUGAUGAUUUGUUUAAUACAUUAGAAGGCUUUAAUUCAAUUGCUUCGCAUGCGUUACCAUUGUUUAGUGGUAGUGGUCAUUGUUGGUCAGACAUAGGCGGACUUAACAAUAUUAAAGAUUGUUUAGUUGAAAUACUGCAGUGGCCGUUGAUUUAUACAGAGUUGUAUGAAAAUGCCCCAAUAAAACAGCAAAGUGGAGUUUUAUUGUACGGAAUGCCAGGAACGGGUAAAACAAUGCUUGCUGGUGCUAUUGCUAAAGAAUGUGGACUUAAUUUUAUAAACAUUAAGGGCCCUGAAUUAUUGUCAAAAUAUAUUGGAGCAAGUGAAGAAGCUGUUAGAGAAAUUUUUCAAAAAGCACAGCGCGCCAAACCAUGCGUUCUAUUUUUCGAUGAAUUCGAUAGUUUAGCACCCAGACGAGGCCACGAUUCGACCGGUGUAACAGACCGUGUUGUAAAUCAAUUAUUAACACAAUUCGAUGGUGUAGAAGGAAGAGAAGGGGUCGCAAUUGUCGCUGCAUCUUCACGACCGGAUUUGUUAGAUCCUGCUUUAUUACGUCCUGGUCGAUUAGACAAAGCACUAUUGUGUCCAUUACCACAACAAGAUGAUCGUGAAGAAAUAUUAAAAGUUUUGUGUACUAAACAUAAUUUAAAUCCAGAUGAUUUUGAUUUAAAAUUAUUGGCUAAAAUGUCUAUUAAUUUUACCGGAGCUGAUUUAAAUGCUGUUUUUAUCCAAGCACGAAUGAAUGCAAUUGACAAUAAUUAUUUUAAAAUUAGUAAAAAUAAGAAUGAAAAUAAUAUUAAAAUAUCGCAAGAGUGUCUUAUAAAAUCCCUCGACUCUACUCAGCCUUCUUUAACGGAAAAAGAAAUUAUCAAGUUUAAUUUUAUAUACAAAAAAUUUUCAAAUGGCGGUAAUUUUAGCGAAGAAUUAUUAAAAAACCAAAAACUAACACUAGCUUAAUAAACAAAAUUUAAAUAUUAAUUUGGGUGUAAUAAAAUUCAUUAUUUACCUCAAUUUUUUGAAAA